AAAUAAAUGUAUAAUACAAAAAGGAUUUUAAAAAGUUUGUAUUCUUCAUAAUGACAAUAUUUAAUUAAUCAUUCUCCAAAAAAUGUCAAUUUAAUCAUCAAACAAAAAAUAGCAAAAAAUUAAGCACAAUAUAGCUCAAAUAUGAUUUCUAUAUAUGUGCUGACAGUCGUUUCAACUAUGAUGGGAUGUUUACCAUUGAUUCACGCUCAAUUCCCGUUACCUAACCUUAUAACCUUUGCUGGUCUAAUUGCGCCUCAGCCCCCUGCUGACGUAGUGGCUAUAAUGGAAGAUAUUUACACUAACCCACUUGAAUAUGAUUGCGGAGUAGCUAUAGUUUAUGGAGUUCUAUUUUUGAGAUAUAUCAACAAUCCUUUAGGCCCAGGAUUUUCAACUGAAGGCAUAGCAUCCUAUGGUACCUCUCGUAAAGUCGUAUUAAAAAUGAGGGAGGCCACGUACUUCUCUCAAAUAUUAGCAACUAUUUUACCAACAACAACUUUUUCCACAGCAGCUCGCACUGUUGAUAUCGCCACUGCUUUAACACUUGGAAAUAACAUGUUAAAUAACGCGGGCAGAAAUGCUAAGAAAGUAGCAAUUGUCUUUAUUUCUAAAGUGUCCAGUGUAGAUCCAGCUCCAAUAGCUACUCUCAUGAAAUCAAAAGGUACAGAGAUAUUUGUAUUUGCGUCUUCAAAUGCAGAUUAUAAUCAGGCUUUAUCAAUGGCAUCAUCAAGUGGAAAUAUAUUUUAUUUUACUAAUUACUGCGCUGCUAAUCAUUUGUUCAAACCUUAAUAAUCAUUUUAUCAUAUGUAUUCGUUAAUGGUGUCAAUAGAAAGUUGUAUAUUUAUCAUCAAUUUAUAAUUUAACAUUUUAUAUAAUGUUAUAAUAUUUUUGUUCGCUUGAUAACCUAUCAUAAAAUAUUAAUUUUUUUUUAUUUAUAUACAUUUAUUAUUUCAUAAUAUUGCUUAUUCACUCAUUGAAUAUUCAAAUCCAUUUUUAUAAAUAUAUUUGUAUCGCAAAA